AUGAAGGUAGAGCGCGACCUCCACAUGAGCCGGGGCGACGGCGAGGACAGCUACGCCUCCAACUCCAGGCUUCAGGAGAAGUCCAUACUCAAGACGAGGCCGGUGCUGCACAAGGCCGUGGCGGCGGCGCACGCGUCGUCGCUCUCCUCCGGCGGCGGUGCCAUGGUCGUCGCGGACCUCGGCUGCUCGUCGGGGCCCAACAUGCUGCUUGUCGUCUCCGAGGUGCUCGGAGCGGUCGCCGACCGCCGAGAGGAUCUGGCGAUGGCCGCCGCCGGCUGCAGCCAGCCCCCGGCGACGCACGUGCAGUUCUUCCUGAACGACCUGCCCGGGAACGACUUCAACCACGUGUUCCAGUCGCUGGAGCUGUUCAAGAAGCUGGCCGUCAAGGACAAGGGGGACGCGCUGCUGCCGUACUACGUCGCCGGGCUGCCGGGCUCCUUCUACACCCGGCUGUUCCCGGACCGCUGCGUGCACCUCUUCCACUCCUCCUACUGCCUCAUGUGGCGCUCCAAGGUCCCCGACGAGCUCGCGGGAGGCGCCGUCCUCAACGAGGGCAACAUGUACAUCUGGGAGACCACGCCGCCGGCGGUGGUGGCGCUGUACCGGAGGCAGUUCCAGGAGGACUUCUCGCUGUUCCUCAGGCUGCGCCACAGGGAGCUCGUCUCCGGUGGCCAGAUGGUGCUGGCGUUCCUCGGCAGGAAGAACAAGGACGUGCUCCGUGGCGAGGUCAGCUACAUGUGGGGCCUCCUCGGGCAGGCUCUUCAGUCCCUCGUCAAAGAGGGCCGUGUGGAGAAGGAGAAACUGGACUCCUUCAACCUGCCGUUCUACGCCCCGUCGGUGGACGAAGUGAGGGACGUGAUUAGGCAGAGCCAGGCAUUCGACGUCACCCACAUCCAGCUCUUUGAGUCCAAUUGGGAUCCGCACGACCAUAUGGAGGACGACGGCGACCUCGUGCUCGAUGGCGUCCAGAGCGGCGUCAACGUCGCUAAGUCCAUCAGGGCCGUGAUCGGGCCCCUCAUCGCGCACCACUUCGGCGAGCACGUACUCGACGAUCUCUUCGAGCUGUAUGCCAAGAACGUCGCAGUGCACCUCCAGAAAGUGAAGACCAAGUACCCUGUCAUCGUCGUUUCCCUGAAGGCGAUUAGUUGCGCAACAAAGAACCAAGCCAGUGACAAGUAUUAUUCAGGUUUCACGCAAGGCCAGUUUAUGUAG